GCAUCUUAUAUAAACGAGUCUGGUCUUCUUGAGCCUCCAGUAGUAACUUGUUAGUGUGAUAAAACCGUCGGCGCUACAGACGAACAAACAUACCACUACUCGACAGUUAAAAAAAGUCAAUCGUAAACCAGCAUCAUGCCUUUCAAGCCAGUAGAAAACCCUAAGUGCCCAAAAUGUGGGAAGUCGGUGUAUGCGGCAGAGGAGCGCGUUGCCGGCGGUUUUAAAUGGCACAAAAUGUGCUUUAAAUGUGGUAUGUGUGGCAAGUUCUUAGACUCCACAAACUGUGCUGAACACGAAGGAGAACUGUACUGCAAGGUUUGCCACGGCCGCAAAUACGGGCCUAAAGGCUAUGGUUUUGGUGGUGGAGCCGGAUGUCUCAGCACGGAUAAGGGGGAACAAUUCAGCAGCAAUGUUGAAGCGACACGGGCAACAGCAGCAAUGCCAGUCCGUGCAAUAGCUAUGGCACCAGAAGGAGAAGGCUGCCCAAGAUGCGGUGGAUACGUCUAUGCUGCUGAGCAAAUGUUAGCCAGAGGAAGGGGCUGGCAUAGAGAGUGUUUCAAAUGUGGCGAUUGUUCGAAACGACUGGAUUCUACGAAUUGUUGUGAAGGACCAGACAAAAAUAUAUACUGCAAAGUGUGCUAUGCGAAGAAAUUUGGGCCUAAAGGCUAUGGAUAUGGACAAGGUGGUGGAGCAUUGCAGAGUGAUGGUGUUUCUAAUGGUGAGGUCUCUGCUCCUAGAACUACUGUGUUGGACACAGCACGUAUCAAAGCACCACCUGGUCAAGGAUGUCCUCGGUGUGGUGGUUCAGUAUUUGCUGCUGAGCAGGUCUUAGCUAAAGGAAGUGAAUGGCAUCGCAAAUGCUUCAAGUGUAAGGACUGCAACAAAACCCUUGAUUCAAUCAUCGCUUGUGAUGGGCCAGAUAAGGAUGUGUACUGCAAAACUUGCUAUGGAAAGAAAUGGGGACCACAUGGCUAUGGAUUUGCUUGUGGUUCUGGUUUCUUGCAAACUGACGGAUUAACGGUAGACGAAAUGUCACAGUCUAGGCCAUUUUACAGUCCUAACACAACCUCUAUCCGCGCUCCUCCAGGUCAAGGAUGCCCAAGGUGUGGUGGCAUGGUAUUUGCAGCAGAGCAGCAGCUUGCUAAAGGCACUAUGUGGCACAAACUUUGCUUCAACUGCUGCCAGUGCCAUAGACCUCUUGACUCGAUGUUGGCUUGUGACGGACCUGAUAAAGAAAUUUAUUGUAAAGCUUGUUAUGGAAAAAACUUUGGACCAAAAGGUUUUGGAUAUGGCCAUGCUCCUACUCUCGUUUCAGUGAAUGGAGAAUCCACAGCACCUUUCUUAGAUGCAAGGCCUGGUUUAAAAGCCGCAGAAGGAGAAGGAUGUCUCAGAUGUGGCUAUGAAGUAUAUGCUGCUGAACAGAUGAUAAGCAAAAAUAGAGUUUGGCACAAAAGAUGUUUCUCCUGUGGAGAUUGCCACCGAUCAUUGGAUUCUACUAACUUGAACGAUGGACCUGAUGGUGAUAUCUACUGCCGAGGUUGUUAUGGUCGUCAUUUCGGGCCAAGGGGCGUUGGUUUUGGAUUAGGAGCAGGAACUCUAACAAUGGCUUAAGCAAUUGACGUUAAAAUCAUUGGCAAUGUUAUUACUGUAUUUCAUUGAAUAUAUCAAACAGUUUAGGAAUCUGCACAAACAUUUUAAAUACAAUAUUUUUUAUUUAGAUCUCUAACAAUUAAGUAUUAAACUUUUUUUAAUAAAAACAAUUAUAAAGAUCAAUUUAUAUAUUGAAGUUGAAGGUAUUUUGAUUUUAGUAGAGAGUGUAUGAGAAUGUGGUAAAUGUGUAUGUUUACGAUCUAAGAUUGCUUCUACUUAGAUAAAUGACUUUGUUCAAUCAUUUAUUGAAGCUUGGUUACUUAUGAAUUUAAUUUGAAGUUUGAAUUUAUAUUUACUAAUUUUUGCAUCUCUUAUAAAAAUUAAAAUAUCAGAUAAUGAUUCAAAAUUAAGCUUUUAUUGCUACAUCAUUUGAAGAACCAAAAUGUAUAUUUUGUGUGGAAUUUCUUUAAACUGUUUCAAGUAUGAACAUGUAGUUUACAUAAUAGCAUUUGCUUUAGAAUAUGGCUAAGACAAAUGGGAAAGAAAGGAACAGUACUUGUAAGAUGACUGGUUCUUCUGCAAUUGCUCCAGGAUUCUUUAUUAUUCGAACGAAACAUUGUUUGAAGAAGAUAACAGAAAUACAGCGUUUUAACAUUACAGCUUCAACACAGAGUAUUAUUUAUACAUUACAGCUUCCUAGUAAUAAUAUUAUUUAUUUAUGCUUUAUGUUACAUUUAAGAAUUGAUUGUAAUCUAAAACUGAAUACAUUUUAACCAAACAAUUUGCUUUAUUUAUUUAUUUAUGUCAACAAUAUUCUGAUUGACUGUAAUAAAACUCAGUGUAAUUAAAACCGUAAAUAAAAAUUUAUUUAUAAACCAAAA